GCAUUUUUAAUUCUUGAAUAUUUUAAAAAUGGGUUUGGUUCAUUUCAUAGUGAGUUGUGUCUAUACUAUCGCCGGAAUUUCCGCGUUUAUAGUCUUUUUACUAAUGCAUUAUUAUCCAGCAUCGGUGUACGGAUUCGUAACAGCUGCCAUUAGCGCUGUGACCGCUCAUAUCAAUUGGUUGCAUAAGCGGCGAAGAUUAUCCUUAUGGUAUGAAAUCCACGAACUAUCACAACUCUACUGGCUGGGUUUCACUAUGUUUGCAUUGGGAUUCGCUGGAUUUGUCUAUCACCUAGUUUACUAUCUAUUGCUGCACCAAUACACUCAACGUAUGGAUUUGGCCGUUGCGUGCAUAUGGGGAUUUAUUACGGUCAAAUCAGCCGCCAUUUUGAUGAUUUACGCGAAGAAAUAUGUACGUGAAGCUGAAGGACCCAAUUUAAUUGUUAACGAGCAACAAGCUGAAUCUUAAUCUGAUAAGCAUUAAAACACAGACAUAAAUGUGAUAUUUUAACAUUGUAUGCAUCAUUUACACUUUAUAUUCUUAUAUUAUUCUAUCGAAUGUAAGUUGCAAUUUUAUAGUGGCAUAUAGUUAUGUACGGCGGGUUCCAGAACCAAUAUUAGAGGUUAAGAUUACUAUUUUGUUAUAUUUUGAUCUGCUGGUUCUUAAAUCUAUAAUCUCGGGUUUUUAUAUGACCAAUAUUUUCUCACAUCGUAUAUUAUAAUUGAUUUAUGAAUAAUUGACGUUAGUUUUGUGUAUUUUUGCAAUAAACAUUGAGUUACCAUCAACCUA